AUAGCAAUGUGAUGUCCCCCUGAGUUACAGUCAAUGCUAGAGAUGACAAAGAGAGUGAGAGAUGCCCAAAGUGGCAGGUGAUUGACUGUGGACUUUUACCUCAGGCUCCUAUCUCUCAAUUUCUUCCAAAUUCUCGAGGAAGCUCUAGUGAAGGUGAUUGCAUGAGCUCCAGGUAACCAAGAUUAUGCUGCAUUUCAACUGAUUUGGUGCCAACGGAGCAUUUAUUGUUCUCUGAAGCCGGCAUCUUGCCUUCCUGCCAGAGUUGUGUUUGUGAGUUUUCUAAAGCUAUAAAUGGAAACCCUGGCUAGCAAGAAAUUAUCACCCAGGCAGUCUGAUACAGUCCGGUCUCACCACUCGAAUGUGGGCAGUUGUGGUUUCUAACACCUAGCCAGUUAAGCUACUUCUUUCUGGGAUUUGAAUCUUUUUCUUGCUGGGAAAUGGAGGUAGAAAAAUGUAAAAGAGGAUCUUCAGCCAAAGUCAUUUUGUCCCAAGAGAAGCUGAAGGUUCCUUUGGAACCUGGAUUUCUUGGGUUCACCUUUGUCCCCUCAUAUGGAAGACUGCCAACUCAAUGCUACCUUGCUGACUGCACAAAAUUUUGUAAUGAAGUAAUUGCUGAAACAAAGGAAUUGGAGAAGCCAUCUGCCAUAGGAAGUGGAAACAAGGGAACUGGUGAAGCUGCCAGCUGGCCCAACAAUAAGCACAAGCCUUUCAAAUGCAAGGAAGAUAAGGCAGAGGGAGGGAAAAUGGACGGGAAUGAUCUUUUCAAAGCUGAGUUUGUUCUCAUCACAGACUCAGAUGAAGAUACAAAAGCCAUUCUAGGCAAUGGCUGCGGACAUGAAAGCUCCAGGAUUUUAGCUGCAUCCCACGUGACUAGUGGUGAUGAGUGGAAAGGACAGGGGAAUGUGCCACAGCUGCCACAAAACACUGACCUUCCCUGCAGUUCAGCCAGUCAACAGAAACACUCUCAGUUAACCUCUCCUCUGUCUACCUCUGAUCACCUUUUCCAUAAAUCACCUGCUGCUCCUUUACUUUCUACAACUAAUCUGAAAGUAGAACAUGAACAGGCUGUUCCAGGCCUUCAGGCUUCUUCUCAGCAAGAAUCUCAUAGCCAGUGGCGGUCUGCAAAUGGAUCCUGCAUACACCAGACAUCCACCUAUUCCCAGUCUACUACUUCUUCUUCCAGUUUACCGUCCUCCAUACUGAAAAUACCUCCUUUCCCUUUUGACAGCCAUGCAGAUAGUGCUCAGUUAUCCAGCAAUGUUCAGACUCACAAACUUGAAAAGGAAUUCACCCCAUUGCCACCAUUAUUAAGCAAGGACUCCUGUCCUCCUUCACAGGUUCCCACUUCAGCAGAUGCUCUUCAGAGCUCUCCGGCCUAUUCUCCUCUUCCUUCCAAGAAACUGGCCCCAUGGCCCAUGGCUCCGAUUUAUAUUACAACACAUGUAUUAUCACCAAGUCCCAACCAACUGCCACCUUCUCUACACGGUUCCUCUUCAAAUAUAUAUAAUGUAAACAACCCCUGCAGCCAAAUGUCAUCACGUGGGAAUCUGGCAGUGUCUGGAAUUAAAUCUCCUCUUCCAACUAGACUCCCUCUCUUGACUGCUAUUCUGAAGUCAGGGUCUUCUCCAAAAAGGCCAUUUUCUCCUGCAUCUUGUCCUGCCACUUUUUCUCCCAAUUCCUUAGAUUCUUCAACUCUGGCAAUUGAGCAGAAAUUUAAAUCUACCCCUCCCACUCCCAAGAAAUCUGCUUCAUAUUUUUCCAUCAGGUCAGAUUCCCCAUACCAAGACGAAGGUCACCUUUCAGUGUUUUCUAAUGCACCAAGCCAUAUGAUGUUCUCCUCAAAAUCCAGUCCUACCCUUCAAACUUGGUCUCUGUCCCCUAAAAGGACUCUGGAUACCAGGGCACGUUCCCCUGACAAAUUGCGUCCUUUGUCACCCACAAUUUCCUCCUAUAGAAAAACAGUUGUAUCUCCUCUGUUAAAACCCAAACUGACCAAUUUUUCCUUACCUCCCCAUGUGCCAAGACAAGGGGCACUCAAAACACGAGAGCCUGAAAAGUCUACAAAAGUACACACCUGCUCUCCCACUUUCACUGCCAAGUCCUAUCCAGUGCCAACCCUUGCUGUCAACCAAAGGGACACUAUCUCUCCCACAGCACAAAAAGUGUCUUUCUCUCCCACUCCUGUGCAUUCUGGUAAUCAGCCUAAAGAGUAUUUGCUACAUGUCUCUGCAAAGGACCGAGAUAUGAAUUCAUCAACUCAUUGGCCUUUUUGUCACCAAGAUUCAACAUCGUCCAUUCCUCCGGGCUGUAAUAUCAACUCCCCUUUGCUUCAGACACAUGCAUCCCCUCUUCAUUCAAACUUCAGAGCUUGUCCCCCCUGUUCAAGAAGCAAGACCCCAACAGUAACACCACACAGAUCCCUGGCCCGAAAGCAUUCUCCUUGCUCACAGUUGUCAAGAUCAAGGGAGACUAGCUCACCGCUAUCCUUUUCCUUGCCUUCUGAUUGUGAGAAUAAGACUCCUAAGUCAUACAAGAUCAAUACAAGCUACAAGGCAUUUGCAGCCAUCCCAACAAACACAUUGCUUCUAGAACAGAAGGCACUCGAUGAACAAACCAAAACAGAACUAGAAGUCGAGGACAGAGCUUUGGAUACACAUUCAGAGAUGUGCUCACCUGCCCAACUCAGGCAACAAACGGAAGAACUUUGUGCCGCUAUUGAUCAAGUCUUACAAGAGCCUUUGACCAGGCGCCGAUGCAGCUCCUCUCCAAGCUCCCUGAAGAACAUACUAGAUUUGAAUACAGGCAAAACAUCUACAGCUUCACAGAGGCGAGCUGGGCGGGAAACAAAAUAUGCCAACCUCUACUUAACGGCUCCUUCAGUGACUGAGACUCAAAAGAUUUAUAUCCCGCCUUUCCUCCAGGAGCUCAAGGAGGCAUACCUCCAACAACCCUGUGAGACAAAGCCUGGGGUAAUCCGACCAACUACAGUAAAAGCAAAAAUAAUAGUAAAAGAAGAAGAGUCUGUCCAGCCAAACCCGUUCAACAGGUAUUUGGAAGAAAGAAGUGAUCUUCAGACUGAACAGACAACCCAUCCAAUAGUGCCGAUUCCUGAAAACGAAGCACUCAGUUCUAACGAGCUUUCUUCUGUCAGAAUAAAAGACAAACUACCCUACCAUGAAGAUCUAAGUGAAGGAAAUUUCCUAGACAAUGAAAGUCCAUACCAAAGAGGUCACUGUCCGCUCAGGGAAGACCCAAGAAAUAGUUCUGCAAAACUCAGCUAAGGUAUAGCCACAAUGAUCUGACUUGUGUGUACAGUGUUGCAACUACUUCUUGUGGCCCAGGAGUAGUUCCCAGGCUUCUGGAAUCACUGUGCCUUAAAUAUCAGCUGCAAUGGAGAAAGAAUCUCCGUAUUUGUGAGCUUCCUAAAUGCAUCCAGUUGACUACUGUGUAACGCAGCAAGCUGGACAAUGUGGCCCAAUCCAGUGAUAAAUGUUAAGAAAGGUAUUGUUUUUAUUUUCUAAAAAUGCUUGGGAUCUUUUGGAGGCCUGCUCAAAUUAAAGCGGGUGCUGGAGGUUGGCAUUUUGCUUUUUAACAUUUUAGCUUUCCUUUUUUAAUAUUAAGAUAAUAUUAAAUAUUACUUGAGUAUUAUACAUAUGUCAUGUUUUAAAUGCUGUUAAUCCAGUAAAAUAGGUAAUGUGGAGGGUGCAAAGAGAGAUGUCCAUGAACACCUUAGAACUCCUAGAUACUACAUUGGUGAACUGUAAUUCUAUAACAAUUCACAACUAGGUUGUAUAAGAAUAG